AUGAAAAGUUGUGUGAAACAGCAGAAACUUUCUACAGAAGAACUUAGCAGCGCUAACAUUCCCGUCGAUUCAUGUUCUUCUCGGGAAAAGAAGAUUGUUAUAAAUGAUAAGGCUUUCACAAUACGUGGUUCUAAACCUCCAAUUCAAAUGUUCCACAUACCAGCCGAAGUUAUUCACUCUUCAGAAAAAUCAAGGUUCAAAGGUAUAGACAGUCCAAUUUGCGGCACCGUUACGAUAGGGAGAGCAGAGUUCGACAAAUCGGCAGACCUUCAAAAUGGAGGUAGCGACCUUCUACUAGAAUCGACCACUGAUCUCCCCUUUAAAGUCAUAAAGAAGAAAGUAUCGCGGAAAGGAAUCCAAAAUCUGCGGCAGCGGCUCAAAGCGAAUGGAGUGAAGUAUACAGAGGAAAGCUCAUCAACAAAUGAGGCGAUCGAUGUAUAG